GCAAUCGAAACCGCACCAGGAACAGCUAUAGAAAUAUAUACGAGUGAUGAAAAGUUUAUGCUGUGGUUAACUGUCAUUCUGGCCCAUUCAUGCGGAUUCUUGUUGUAAUGUGUCCAUGCGAUAGGAUUUAUACUUCAGCGACUGAGAUGAUUCGAUGAGCGAGGCACAACCGUGCUGUAUACGCCUCAGUAAAGCUUGCUUCUGAAUCCUGACUUUUAUAUGGUCGAAUGCUGGCAUCAAUAUGAAGAACGUCUUCAACAGCAUUCAGCAUAAACUCAAAUCGACAGAAUCACCAGAUUCAGUCGACUUUGAAGAGUCUGUCAAUUAUGAAAUUAUAUGUCGCCUGGUUUGUGAGCUAGGGAACCAAAUGAUCGGACAGUACCACUCAAAAAACAGUAACUCGGUUGUGUAUGAUGACGUCAGUUCUCUAAUCGACGGUUCUUACGCGAAAGAACACUUUAACCACCCGAAUUUCACAUCAGAUGAAAAUUCAAGAUGCAAAGAACCCAACUCAAAUGAACUUGAACUAAAAACAUUUAUUCCUGUUACGCAAUCCACCAUACCACGUGAUAGUGUCUAUGAUGGAGCUGAUCUAGACCAAGUGUCUUACAUUGAUAUUUGUGAUAAGAUAUACCAGUAUUACAAGUCGAAACUUAAGAAGCAUGAGACACACAGACUAACAUCAACAGAGUUUGAUGCUGACUGGGAGUAUGUUACUAGGCUCUUCAGCGCGCUCGGCGUGUCUAAUGAGGAAAUUCAAAAAUAUAAAAAUAGACCGACAGAAAAACAAAAGGAACGUGUCAAAGAAGACUAUAUUAACCUAGGUGAAGCAGAAGAAACAGUCCCAUCACUUCAAACGGCUGCUCCUGUUUAUGUUAUGAAGACACAUGUCCUAUCGCAUUCCAGCAGACUUCAAGAACCAAAGGAAUUGGGACUGAUAAUCGUAUUAAGCACUGUUUUUCUUGGGUUGUCUAUUACAUUUUUCAUCUUGGUUACAAAGCACAAAAGCCCCAAAAUGAUUAAAGAAUUGCUAGUAAUUUUAGCUCUACUCAUCGUCACAGGAUUCCCUAUGUUUCGUUGUAUUAUUAAACGACAAAUCAAGGCAAAACAAUCUGUAAAAAAAUUAAAUGCAAGACAGUUGUACAUGUAUGCUUGAAAUUGAAUUCUUAACUUGGCCUGUCUUCUACUUUACUUGUAACCAGACAUAAAUCCUACACAGAUUUCCUCGCUAUUUAAGCAAUGCAUACCGUAUUGUUACUGAAUUCCCACGUUAGAUAUAUUAUCAAACGUCAAAUCAAUAGAAAAUAGAAUUAAAAUCAAGGCAACUAUACAUGAAUUUUUUACCAUUUUCGUUGACCUGUCUAUUGCGUUUAAAAUAUACAACUAGUAACAAAGCACAAAAUCUCUGGUAAAAAUAAAGAAUUACUCCUGAUUAGGCAAAGCUUAUUGUCACUGGGUUCUAUGUUUCGAUGUAUCAUCAAACGACAGAUCAAGACGACAUGAAAUCUACAUUAAUAAGAAGUAGUACAGGCUUUUAAAUUCCCAAAGUGAACGAAUUGACAGAAUACAUUUGUAGCACAAAUAAAUUAUUGUGCUACAUCAGUCCUAAAUCUACUGAUAACAGAAUAUAAUUAGGCCUAUUCAAAUAAUAGGCCUACUCAUAUUUCCCCUCUACGAGACGACAAUUUCGGCCUUGGUUUAAAUUUGUAUUUUACAUUCCUUGACUGUAGUAUGUUUCUAUAAUUUAAGUUUUUAAAGUCGCUACACAUUGUCUUCGUUCUUAUAAUAUCUUUUUAUAUGUCCAUUUCUCUAAAGAUAUAGUGCAUCAGUUGCAAAAAUAAAGUUUAGGGUUUUUUUAAUAUCGAAUUUAAAGGUUCCGUUUCCAAUCACCAUUAGAAAUAUUGCACUGUAUAUUUUGUUUUAAUGUUAAUUGUUAUUUAUAUAUUUUUAUCACAAUUUAUUCUUGUAGUUAUUUACUAUUUAUUUAAAUUAUUAAUUCACAUACACGCAAUUGGCAAUGGUUUGUGCAAUAAUUGGUCUUACCGAUUUUGAAUGUCAUUAUUUUUUAAACAUUUAAAUUUAUGUGUGUUUGACGGUUCACAAUCCAGUAUAAGCAAAGAACUUAAAAAUGUAUAUCUUGUUUAUUUAACAUUUUCUAUCAAUAAAUGCGUCAUAAUGUUUGCAAGAUUCAAUACUUCGUUUUAUUAGUAUUUUUAUACUUUUUAAUGUGUACACGUUUACAAUAA